AUGACGAACUCGAGGUUGAACUCGCAGGCAGAUGAUUUCAACUUCACCUUCACAUCGAAUUCGGCAAGCGAAAAAAGUUCUGAUGACCCGAAAGUGAAAGCUCCAUCGCAAGCUCGCUCUGCCGCUAAACAGCUCACAAUUCUUCUCUAUGAGUACAAAGACGACGAUUUGUCAACACUGAGCUUGAUCUCCGAACAUCCAGUAAUCUCUGCGUUUGCAUCCUACAUCACGGAUGCGCUCACUUCAAUUUCAAGGACCUCAAUAUGGCAAACCGUUCUCGAGACCGUGGCUUUGGUAGAUGCUUACGAAAUGACGUUGAAAUCAAAUGUUUGCCAUCGUUUAGUUGAUGAACUUGUUGUCAUGGGUGCCACUGAUCAAAGAUGCUCUGUGCGAAUGAAAGCUUGUUAUUUGAUGAAGGAGGUGUUGACAAUUGAAGAAGAACGAGAACUUGGGGGAGCUUCGAUGGAAGAAGAGGAAGAGCCAGAUGAUACGAGAAAUUCUUCAAACGAUAGCACACAGGCCAUCGAUUCUUUUGACGAAGACAGCAUUGAUCUAAACGACAUAAAAUAUCCAAAGGUUCGCAGCUUUCCUAAAAUGUCAGCUCAAACUCUUCGUUCGAUGCACUGGACUUCGUUGCUUGAAAGGCUUCGGCGUGAUAAAGAAACAGAGGUACGUGGUGCAGCUAUUGAAUCACUUGCGCACGUGUCGGGAGUACAAAUAUUUGUCGACGACCUUGGAUCGACAGCAAAACCGGAUGAUCUUGUGUUAGAUCAUUUGUUCGAUCCCCAACCAACGGUCAGAGCAAAGGCGGUCGACUCUUUCUCCUUCACAUUUGCCGAGUCAAUGGAUAGAACAAUGGAUGCGCUAGAAACAGAAAAAGAUGUCCAGGUUCGUUCUCGCUUGCUCCGACGUUUUUUGGCCACAUCGCUAACGUAUUUCGACACAAUACAGGCACUUCGCUUACUGAAAAUUUUAUAUGCGGAUGAUAACGAGCAACAGAUUCAUGAGAAAUGGAGGAAAUGCAUCUUGUCGAAAUGGCUCACGGAAAUUGCACAAGACUACAACAGCGAGGAACGUCGACCUGACGCCAAGCCUCGCCUGCGAGUGGAGUUACUCUUCAAACUUAUUGAUCCUAUCGUGAAUAAGGAUUUAGCUAACAAAAUUUUUCCAACGAUUGCUUCAAUCUGUCAAGAGAAUGCGGUCGGUAAGGUGGAUCCAUCGCAAUGGAUGAAACAGUUACGAGACGAAGAUGUGGCCUAUUUUCCAGAAGAUUUCACUCCGGAUUUAAAACAAUACAGACUGACAAAAGAAACGAUUGGCCAAAUCCUUGAGAAUGUUGCGGAAUCAGAAAUGAAAUUUUUGGCACGUCGCCUAUUUGUUCAUCGAAGUUUGAUCGAUUAUCUGCAAAGAAAAGUCUCCACUGAAGAUCCGUCGCUCAUCGCCGCUAGAUUUCUCCCAGACUUGUGCACUCUGGCUAAAACGGUGAAGAACUGUGUCCAGGCGAUUUGUCGUAGCUCCCUUGUAAAGAAUUCGGAUCAAAGAAUUUUGCUGGAAUUCAUUGUUUUGGAACUGUGCAAUUUGAUGCGUCAACUCGACACGACAGAAUGGGUGGGGCGACUCGAAUGGCGCACAACUUUAAUGGUGAUCACCAAGGAGUGCCACUUUCUCGAAGAUCGAGACUCUCUUGCCCGUAUCAUGCAGGAUAUGGUCGACGAUAGCGUGGAUGAUAAGAAAGAAGCCCUGAGUGUUGCUGAUGAAAUAGCCUACAUGGUUCACAUAAUGCUCACUGAAUCGAAUGAGAAUAGCCAGACGACGGAGCAAUAUGAUAUUGACAUGGAGGCUGUCCCAAGAUGUGCUAUUCUACUGGAAGCUCUUCUACGAAACACAACAAUUGAUACCUACUCUUCAGUUUUGAAAAAUUUGGUUCUCCGUCUAGUGGAAUUGGCAACAUCUGUGGAUACAACACGGCCAAUUGGCUGCAAAAUUAUAGCCAUUGCUGCUUGUAUGGAUGAUCAGAUUCUUGCGGCUCACGCACACAUUCUUGCUGAAUUGCCAACGAAACUACCUGAUGAGAUCAGGACAAGUGUUGCCUGUUUGACUGGAAUUGCCGAACUUGUCUUGGUGAGGGGUCUCGUUGCCGUGGCUUCCGCUUUCUAUGCUGAUUUGGAUCCAGAUUCUCAGGCUGACGAUGAAACAAAGACACAAAUUCUGAGGGUUAAGAUAACAAGGAUUGUCCAACUGUAUGAAAAUGCCAUAAUCAACAAGAACCGCAUCUUGCAAUUGGCCGGAAUUGAAAAUGGUUUACGGUUAAUGGUUACUACUGGUUCAAAAUGGUCAACAAUCUUGUCUCGCUCUCUACUCACAGCUUUCACGAUUAAGUCUCCUACAAAGGCUAAGGCGAUGACCGAAGCGUACGUUAGCAGAGCAAUCGGUUGGAAUAAAAAUGAUCGAGGGUUUAUGGCUGCAUCUAUGGUUGAAGCAGUUCGCAUUUAUGAGAACUGGCCAAACAAGACUAAAGUCGACCUCUCUGCCCUAUUUUCCUACGGGCUUCUUACGAUUCGACUGCUUAACGAGGAAAAAGUUAACAAUGACAAAAGUAGAAAAGAGGCAAAGACCAAAGUUCGGGCUUCUGAGCCCGAUUUUGUGGGAGAGUUGGCUUUUCUCUAUGGUAUGUUGGAUCAUUGUGCAAGAAAUCCCGAUUCUGAGCUUUGUUUGACAAUUUGCACGACGAUCUCAAAUUGUUUAUCACUUCACCGCCAUCGGCGAAACUUUUCAUCGAAUGCGAAUUUUCUCAAGUCUUUACUAGAUUCAACUCAAAGGACCAUUGCGCGGUUGGCUGUCAGUGGACAAAAAGAAGCAGUGAAGGCUCUGAUGAAACUACAUAAUCGCUUCCGUAAACUGAACAAUAGGAAUGCCAUAAGUAUGAACGAUUCAAUGUUUUCAUUUGAUGAAGCUCAAGAGAUAGAAGAUCCUUUGAGCUUGUCGCUAUCUGCAGCAAAUGAUUCUGGGAUCUUUGUUACUCCGAAAUCAACCAAAACAUCGAAGAGAAAGAAUUGUGAAAAGAUCACAUUUGCACCGGCAAAGUCGCCAAAAAAGGAACCACUGUCUCAAAUUCCCACACAAAACUUAGUUCUCGGUCGAUUUAUACUG